CUUCCUCCCUCUCCUCCUCCCAGGGCCAAUGCUCCCUCCUCCUCCUCCCGCUCCUCCCUGGGCUAUAUCUUCCCUCUUCUCAGGAUGUCUCUCCUCCCCGGGAAGCCCCCGGCUUAGGGAGCAGACCAAGUCCACCUGGAGGAGGUCUACAGGCAUUGGGGUUGCUCGGCGGUGCAGGCGCUCGGCCCCAGCCCCCAGGAUAUGGAUCAAAAACUUUCAGAGUUGGUAGAAGAGCUCACAACUUCCGGAGAACCCCAACUGAAUCCUGAGAAAAUGAAGGAACUGAAAAAAAUUUGCAAGUCUUCAGAUGAACAGCUUGGCCACGCCUACCAUCUGCUGAAGGCCCAGCUGAGCCAGGAACACGCCGAGAUCCGUCUCUCCGCCUUCCAGAUUGUGGACGAGCUCUUCGCCAGGUCCCACCAGUUCCGGGUGCUGGUCAUCUCCGACUUCCAGGAGUUCCUGGAGCUCACCCUGGGCACCGACCACGAGCAUCCCCUGCCGCCCCCCAGGGAGGUGGCCCAGAGGCUGAGGCAGGCCACCACCCGGGCCGUCCAGGUGUGGAACGAGAAGUAUGGCUCGGCCUACAAGAAGCUCGCCUUGGGCUACCACUUCCUGAGACACAACAAGCAGGUGGAUUUUCAAGAUGUGAAUGCUCGGACUCUGGCAGAGAGAAAGCGAGAAGAGGAGAAGCAGAAGCGUUUGGAUAAAAUCUACAGGGAAAGGUCUGAGCGGGCCGCGAAGCAGAUGGAGGAAAUGUCCGAGGAGAUCCGGCGCUGCCUCACGGAGGUGGAGAGCUGCUUCAGGCUGCUGCUGCCUUUUGACCUGGCCCCGAGCCCGGGGGCUGCCGUGCCCGCUGCUGCCUCCAGUGUGUCUGCGGAGGGCAGACCCCACCAGGCUGCCGCCCCCAACCACGAGGACGAGGAGCAGCCCUGCUGCAGCAAGACCUUGCCCACCUGUGCGCGCCACCCAGGAGCCACCAGCAGGGAGGGGCCGCCCUCAGAGGACGAGGACGAGGAUGAGGACAGCGACCAGGAAGGGUUUGUGCGGCGCCACGGGCUGGGCUCCCACAAGUACACGCUGGACGUGGAGCUCUCCUCAGACAGCCUGCGGGUGCGGGAGGACGAGGACAACUGCGCCGUCAUCCACUCGGCCCGGGACGCACUCAAGCUCAUUCGGAACAAGUUCCUGCCCGCCGUGUGCUCCUGGGUCCAGCUGUUCACCCGCGCAGGCGUCCACGGCGGACACUUGGAGGGCGCCAUUGACCUGAAGGCGGAAUUGGAAACUGCCCUGAGGAGAUCCCAGGAGCUGGACAUCGAGCCCGAGGGGGUGCACAGGAGGGAGACGGCAGCCCCGGGGGACGAGGAUGAGGACGAGGACGAGGACGACGAGGACUUUGUGGAGGUCCCAGAGAAGGAGGGGUACGAGGCCUGCAUCCCUGACCACCUGCGGCCCGAGUAUGGGCUAGAGAAGGACCCAGCAGCGCGGGACUUGGAAGCGAGGAAGAGGACGAGGAGGGAUGAGGAAGCGUGCGACCCUACCUCUGCUGCCGCCCAGCUGCAUCAUCUCCAGGGCCGCUUGCCUUCGUCCCUGCCCCCAAGCCCCAGGACACCACUGGGACCAGAGGAGGCUGCGAAGCUGGCGGCAGAGCGGGCCCGGGCACCUGUUGUGCCCUUUGGGGUGGACCUGUGCUACUGGGGCCAGGAGCAGCCGACGGCUGGCAAGAUCUUCAAAUCUGACUCUGAGCAUCGCUUCUGGAAGCCCAGCGAGGUGGAGGAGGAGGUGGACAACGCCGACGUCUCGGAGACGCUCCGGAGCCGCCGCAUCACCUUCGCGGGGCGAUUUGAGCCGGUGCAGCACCGGUGCCGCGCCCCAAGGCCCGACGGCCGGCUCUGCGAGCGCCAGGACCGGCUGAAGUGCCCUUUCCACGGGAAGAUCAUCCCGAGAGACAAUGCGGGACGGCCCCUCAACCCAGAGGACAGGGCCCGGGAGCAGAGGCAGCAGCUGCAGAGGACGGCAGGACGCUCAGACUGGCAGGACCCGGAGUUUAUGAGGGACGUGGAGGCAGCCACGGGUGUGGACCUCGGCGCAUCCAGGGCCAGCGGGAGAGGCAAAGGCAAGAGGAAGAAGCACCCUGGCCUCACCGACCUGAAGCGGCAGGCUGACACCGCCCGUGCGCGCAUCUCCAAGAAAGUCUUCGCCAAGGCAGCCGUGCAGAGGGUGGUGACAGCCAUGAACCAGAUGGAUCAGAAGAAGCACGAGAAGUUUGCAAACCAGUUUAACUAUGCACUGAAUUAGAGGGCUGGGCCAGGUGUGCUGUGGGCCCCUCUGGUCGUCCCCUUCUCAUCUCCCUCCACCAGCGCACUAGGAUGGGAGAGCAGACGCAGGUGUAGGCAGUAACCAUGGCCACCAUGGUUGCUUAUAUUUAAUUCAAGGAAAUGGUGCAUAUUCUAAUUAAAAUUCCCCAGAGGUAUGGACUCUC